CCAGGCGCAGCGCUGCUCGGGCUCGGACGCUCGGUCCCUCAAUGCUCCUUCCCCACUCGCGCUCAGGCUCGGUCCCAGGCAUCGGAUCUUCCGCGCGUCGGCGGCUUCCCCCUCGGCGGCGUCCAGCGACGGAGGGCCAGUCCCAGGCUCGGCGGCGGCUCCCCCUCCCGCCUCUCGCCUCUCGCCAGUCGCCUCGCGCCCUCGCCUCCGUCCUCCGCGCACCGGCCGGCGACCCUGCUCUGAGUUUGUUGACAGUAUGGACGAAUCACGAAAAAGAGCUGUCUCUACUGCAAAUGCUAAAAAUAUAAGUUCAUCCCUUGAUGAAGACUUUGGGAAUGAUUUUCUUUCAUCUUGGAAGUUACCAAAAUCAGGAAAAGACACAAUUGACUUCACAGUUCCAAAGAGUAGCAAGAAAUUCAGCUUUGACAAUCUAGAUGAUUUCGGGCUUGAUGGAGCCUUUGACAAAUUACCAUCCUUUCAAAUGGGCAUGUCUGAUCUGGAUUUUUCUAGCCCUCAGAAGAAAAAAGUGAAGCACAGUAGUUCAAAUGCAGAUCGCUCUGAAGAGAAAAAGGAAACUGACAAGGACAAUUUCUCCUUUUCCUUUGAUUUCAAUGAGCUGGGAAAGUUUAGUCUUGACGGAAAGCUAGGAAUUGAAGAAAAGAGUACAAGAUUUACUGGCAAAUCUGACCCUAUCUCCUCAGAGGUUAAGAAGGAUACACAAAGAGGUCUUUCAGCCAAGGGCAAUGCUAUUCUUGAAGAGAAUACUAGUACGGACAAAGCAGAUACACUUGAUACUUGCACUUUGAGACCUUCUCAUCUGACCAAUCAUGAGAGUGUGAAGAAUGUCAGUCAACCGACUUCAAAUAUCGAUGCUGCUGAUUCGUCUGACAAUAUGAAAGAAUGUACCAGUGUUAAUCCUGCUACAAUGGAACAAACUAAAGUAGAUUCAUUGUUCAGUGACAAUCCUGGAGAGCAACCUAAAGAGAUAUACCCAACGAAGGCAGCUGUUAACCUACCUUCUCAGGAUUUCUCCUGCAGUGCCAUAUCUAGUGAAGAUCCAACACAAGGGCUAGCAGAUCCUGUGAACAGUAAAGAUGCACCUAUAGUGAACUCUGGUAAAGUUCAUGUAUCAAGGGAGAGUAAUGACGAUGAGCAGUCGAAUGGUUUACGAUCCAGGGACACCAGCAUUAUUAGUCCCAAUGUCUCAAGAAGACCGGUGGGCCAAUUUAAUUCCCGGAAUGAGGUUCUGGAGGAAAGUGUUUCGCUUAAUGAAGGAAGUCAAGACAACCAAAGUUUUAGUGGCGCUCCUAAGAAGUUUUUAAAGAAGACAUCACAUGGGAGUGGGACAAAGAAUACUGAGGAAGAGAUUUCAGGUCCCAAGAGUCUCUCUUGUUCAAUGCAGAGGGAAAUCAGAAGUGUUGAACCUGCACUGACGAAGGAGAGAGGAAGCUUCUCUCUUUUAUCCAAGUCUGUACAUAUGAAAGCAACCAGGGUUGAACUAGCUUCAGAAACAGCCUUAAAUCAAUUGUCCAGUGCAAGUAAAGUGAUAAAAAAGAUGGCUACACAUCCUACGGACUUGAAGAGGGAACACAUGCAAGCUAAUGCAGUACCUGACAAAUCUAAAACUGCUUUAUCAAAAACAUACAGCAAGCCAGCAUCAAAUGGGCUAUUGGCCAGCUCCAUGAAUGUCAAAGGUGACAGGAAUGCCAAAUUAGGCCUUGAGCCUCCUAUCUCGGGAAACUUGUCUCUACUGAAUGCUCGAAGCAGCACAGCACAUAGCGCUGGACAUAAAGUUGAUGCAAAUCAUGUGCUUAUGAAGAGUAGCAUUGCUUCUGAUUCAUUGCAAGGUGUUCCUUCCAAAGAUAAUAAAAUAUCAACAAUUUCUCAACUGACAGGAGCAAGAAUAACAAAAUUAGGAAUCAGAAGUCCAAAGUCUAACAUGGUUCCAGAGAAGGAAUCAGUACAAGUGAGUGGGACAAAGGGUUCCCCUGUAACAACAUCCAGAAUCCUUGACUCCAUUCCUGAAGGAAAACCUGCACUGCCUAGCCCAUCCACAAUGCAGAAAGUUUCUGAGGAAUCUGUUCUAGAUCCAAAAGCUCCUAAAGUGCUCAAACACAUCAUGAGAUCUCCAGCUGUAAGAAAAUCACCUCGAACUGUUCCAGAGUUGGGAAAUGAAAUGAUUCUGGAAAGUGGGACUCCAAAAGCUCAUGUGGAUAAUGCAAUCUCUUCACGUAUGCCACCUGGGAUGGAAGCCAUUUCAGAUCUAGAGUUGCCUGUGUUGUUAGAAAAUGAUGGAAACAUAGAAAAAGCUGAGGCUUGUAGAAAGGAGCUUGAGGAUAUAUGCAUUCUAUUGAAAAGGAAACAUGCAGAAGCUAAAGAGCUAGCAGUUCGUGCUAUCGUUAACAACAAUACAAUGCUGAUGUUAAACCACCCAAUGAUUGAGGAGAAAAUUUGCUCUAUUCAGAAAUUCACAAACAACCUGAUAUCGAAGAAGUACUUAUUCGAGGAAGUUGGCACCAUUAACACUGGAGAAAAUGACUUAUCCAGCGGAGCGUGGGUAAUGUAAAUACAACAAAAGAGCUCAGGAUCCAAUCUUGAAGUAUCUUGAAUAACUACCUUCCUCGUGCAUUUUGGUACACGGUUGGCUUAUGUGGAUGAGUCCGUUCACAUAUCGUAGCAACUGUUGAGUGCCUACAUCUUAUUACCUAAUAAUUCUGGAUUUCUGGUAGUGAGAUAUGACCUUGUGGACUCGAUGACUAGAAUGGCACUGCUGCACUAGGCAAUACCUGGUUGCAUCUAUGCCAAUUGCAGUUGGUGACAAACCGUUCACAUU